AUGAAUCCAAUGGGAAUUUCAACCAUGAAACCAUGCUGUAAAAUCCUAAUCAGUUGUUGUUCAAAAACAUCAUCCUUUUUUGGAUUCUCAAUACCCAAAUCUCAGAAUCCAUCUUCAGUUUUAAGAUCUUAUCGGAAAUUACAUAGUUGUUCUGAUCAUAAUCAUCAUCAACAGAUUGUUGGUAUCAAGCGUUUAAUUUUUCAAAAACCAAUCUCCAAUUCAAGUUGGGGAGGACAAUCUAGGGUUUUUUCAAAUUGUUGCAAUGUUAAUAGGUUUAGGGGGUUUUCUGUAAUUACAAAUGUUGCUUCUGAUAUUAGACACAAUUCAACUUCUUCUUCAGUUGAGGGGCAUGUUAAUGAGAAAGGUUUUGAGAGAAUUUACAUUCAUGGUGGGAUCAAUCUGAACAAGCCAUUAGCAGAAGAUGUAGAAGUGAAGGAUAAACAGGUCAUUAUAGAAGAAGCAGAAGAAAAGCAGAACCCUAGUUUAGAUAAUAGUAGUGUACAAAAUACAGAGAAUGUAAAGAAUUUUAGGAAAAGAGACUUGUCGGAAAUUGAAAAGGAAGCAUGGGAUUUAUUAAGGGAAUCAGUAGUAGAAUAUUGUAAUAGUCCAGUUGGUACUGUUGCAGCUAAUAAUCCUAAUGAUAAAGUACCAUUGAAUUAUGAUCAAGUCUUUAUACGCGAUUUCGUUCCAUCUGCGCUUGCCUUUUUACUUAAAGGAGAUGGAGAAAUUGUUAGGAAUUUCCUUCUUCACACUUUGCAAUUGCAGAGUUGGGAAAAAACGGUGGAUUGCUAUAGCCCUGGGCAAGGGUUGAUGCCAGCAAGCUUUAAAGUUAGAACGGUGCCACUUGAUGGAAAUGCCGGAACAACUGAGGAGGUCUUGGAUCCUGAUUUUGGUGAAUCUGCUAUUGGUCGUGUUGCGCCUGUUGAUUCUGGGUUAUGGUGGAUUAUUUUGCUGCGAGCUUAUGGAAAGAUCACUGGUGACUACUCGUUGCAAGAAAGAGUGGAUAUCCAGACAGGAAUAAAACUGAUUUUGAAUUUAUGUCUAACCGAUGGUUUUGAUAUGUUCCCUACCCUGUUAGUCACUGAUGGCUCCUGCAUGAUAGAUCGAAGAAUGGGUAUCCAUGGCCACCCCCUUGAGAUCCAGGCCUUAUUCUACUCAGCUCUAAGGAGCUCCCGAGAGAUGUUGACAGUUGAUGACGGAUCCAAGAAUCUUGUCCGUGCAGUCAAUAACAGACUAAGUGCAUUGUCUUUUCAUAUCAGAGAGUAUUAUUGGGUGGAUAUGAAGAAGAUCAAUGAGAUAUACCGCUAUAAGACUGAAGAAUACUCUACAGACGCCAUCAACAAGUUCAACAUAUAUCCUGACCAAAUUCCAUGUUGGCUGGUUGAUUGGAUCCCUGAUAGAGGUGGUUAUCUUAUUGGUAAUCUUCAGCCUGCUCAUAUGGAUUUCAGGUUCUUCACACUAGGUAACCUUUGGUCUAUCAUCUCAUCUUUGGGUACUCCAAGACAGAACCAAGGUAUUCUAAACCUGAUGGAGGACAAGUGGGAAGACCUUAUCGGUCAUAUGCCUCUUAAGAUAUGCUACCCUGCUUUGGAGUAUGAUGAAUGGCGGAUAAUCACUGGUAGUGACCCAAAGAAUACACCUUGGUCAUACCAUAAUGGAGGAUCUUGGCCAACACUCAUGUGGCAGUUCACAUUGGCCUGCAUUAAAAUGGGGAGGCCAGGUUUAGCAGAGAAGGCAGUAGCUCUAGCUGAAAAGAGAAUCUCGGAGGACAAAUGGCCAGAAUACUAUGACACUCGAACUGGAAAAUUCAUUGGUAAGCAGUCCCGAUUAUACCAGACAUGGACAAUUGCUGGCUACUUAACAUCGAAGAUGCUCUUGGAGAACCCAGAAAUGGCUUCGUUAUUGACUUGGAACGAGGAUUUAGAGCUCCUUGAAACAUGCAUCUGCGCAUUGACCAACACAUCCAGGAAGAAGUGUUCUCGUCGCGCUGCUAAGUCGCAAAUCUUAAUCUAAGUAUAAUUCACCUUUAUUUUCCACUGUAUAUAUCUCUGAAGUGUCCGAAAUAAAACGAAAUCACAGGAAAAGCAGAAAAUUGUACACUGAUAGAUUACUGAUGCCCCAAUUUUUACAGGGCCUCGUAGUUUAUUUUCUUCUGUUAGAUAUUUUGCUUUUGGUGUUCCAUUCAAAAUUUAGUUAAUAUAGUUUGUAAGCUAAAAAUCAAUGUGUUGGAUAAUACUUUUCUUUGGGAAUUUAUAUGGAAUGAGUUCCAGGUUUUUUUUUCA